CCCCUCUGACCUCUCCAGGUGUAACCAUGUCUCUUCUCUUGUGCCUGCUCAUGAUGCCCAGCCUGGUACUGCCCAUGCCCACACCCCCCAAGCCAAGCCAGGAGCUGGCGCUGCAAGAUGAAGUCAGCAUCCUUCUCCACGGCAUCCUGCAGUUUGGCCAGGCCCUCAACCACAUUUAUAGGGCCACUGAGGCCCAACUCGAUGAGGCCAGCCGCAGCCUGGGGCUUUAUGAGCAGACCGUGGUUAUGCUGCAGCAGGACCUGGGCAGUACCCGGGCACGGACGCAAGAGCUGGAGAGGAAUCUAGGGGAGAUCCAGGCAGAAGAGAAGAGCUUGGAGUUACAAGCUCAGGGAGCCGGGAUCGCACUCAACAAAGCAAUGGAGGGGCACCAGGCUCUUCAGCAGAGAGUAGAGAAGCUCCAGGGGGCCCUGGCUGCAGUGGUGCCCAGCCACACCCAGAAGGAGCUUGAAGACCUAAAGCUCUACACGGACAAACAAAGUCAGAUCAUCUGGUCCUUAAUGGGUCACGUCCAGCGGCAGCAGCGAGAGCUUGACCAGCAGCGGCAGCAGCUGUGUCACAUUCGGGAGAGGCUCCAAGCUGGAGCACUCCCAUCCUGAGCAAGCUGGGAAGGAAGACUGAGCCCAAGUAAGAUGGCCCCUGGGACAAGGGCCUCAGCAGGGGAGAAGAUGGAUUGUUCUGAUCCUUGCUCGCUGUGAACGCCUGGAGAACGUGCUCUGCACUCAGAGGACCUGAGUUCAAAGGCUGGAUGUUGCUUACUAUCUGUGUGACCUUGGCCAAGUCACAACCUCCCUGGACCUCAGUUUGCUCAUCUGUAGAAUGAGGGGAGUGGACGGGACGGCUCCUGAAGUGCCCACCAGCUGUGCUACGAUCCCCACGUCCCUCCCCAAAGGGCCUCUAUGGCAGUGGCUCCGCCUAAGAGCUUGGGUGGCUGAGGGAGGCUGUCCAAGGAAGACUGAGCAAGUGGGAAAACCGGCCAGAGGAGAGGUAGCCGGGAGGGGGGGCGCCCUCAGGCAGGCUGCAAA